AUGGAACAAGCCAUGGUUCAACAAAGCCAAAAUCGAGAAACGAGGGCAAGCACUCACCCCCCACAAAAUUCGGCCAUUGUCCCCCUUUUAAUAAUUGGUUUUACUCUGCUGGCCGUUCGUCGUUUAGAGCCACGCGGCAUAAGCGAAGAGCAAUUAUUAAGCGUUAAAGAGAAGAUAAUCAGGCAAAAGGAACUAAUUAGAAUAAUUAACGGAUUAAGGCAAAAAAGAAACCAAUUAAGCCAAAUUGGAUCCCAAAAUGCAACUGCCGUCAAGAAAAUUAAAGAGGAAGUUGCCAAUUUUGAAAAAGAAUUAGAAAAAUUAGAAACCGAAUUAAGCGAAUUAACCAACCAACUUCCCAAUCUGCCGGAUCUGGAUACUCCCACUAACGAAGAAGGCAACCGAGUAAUUGCUAGUGCCGAAUAUCAACACGCUAUUCAACACAAUUUAACCCACGAAGAAAUUCUAAAAAAAUUAAAAUUAAUUGACGAGGAAAAAAGUAUUCUCCUAUCUGGUAGUAAGUUCGCAGUUUAUCAAGAUUUCGGCAGCCAAUUAUUACAUGCUCUUAUUAAUUUUAUGCGAGCCGAAAAUAGUAAACGGGGCUAUCGCUUAUUUGACACUCCUUAUUUAGUCAAGGCUCAUAACCUUUAUAAUACCGGACAAUUUCACAAGUUCCAAGAUAAUCUUUAUAAAUUAGAGGAAAGUGAUUUUUACCUCCUCCCCACCGCCGAAGUCAGUUUAGUUAAUCUCUACCAAAAUCAGAUAUUAACCGAAGCAGAAUUGCCUUUGAAGUUAUGUGCUUAUAGCCCCUGCUUUCGGGCUGAAAGGAUGGCAGCCGGUCAGGAGAAUAAAGGCUUAAUUCGGCUCCAUCAAUUUCAUAAAGUCGAAUUAGUGAAAAUAGUUGAACCCACCAACUCUUAUGACGAAUUGAAAAAAUUAGUCGCUGAUGCUCGCAAUAUUCUCCAUUUGCUAAAAAUUUCUCAUCGGGUAAUUGAACUUUGCCAUCAAGAAUUAGGGUUUACAGCAGCCAAAACUUGUGAUGUCGAAGAUCUAUACUCUCUCAAUUUAAGUAAACAACAAUUGGCUGGAGAAAUGGAUUUAAAAGACUUUACUAAGUUAACGAGUAUUCAAGCCGACGGCAACGAAUUUACCAAUUUAGAUUGGCUGUUUACUUUGCCUGAAGCAAGCAAUAAAAUCGAGAAUGUGGAUUUUACCAAAUUGUUGAAUAAUUUUCCCAAUUUGCAAUCAAUAAAUUUGGAUAAUAACCCGUUAAAUUUAAGCAAAUUGGAAGACUUAGAUGAUGAACAACUUUUUCAAUUAAAAUUGAGGGAAGAAAAUGCCGAAUUAAAACAACAAUUACAAGCCCAAGUAGAGAUUGUUCCGAAAUAA